AUGGCGGAGACUCUGUUGGCCGUUCUGCUUGUUACCUCGUCACCGAACAGCGGCCCGAGUCUAGCGUUCAGAUGGCCUCCGCAUCCAACGGUCUCUCCGCGCCUCGCGCGUCCGCGUCUGCAGUUGCCGACGUUCUCCGACCUGGACAAUCCCUGGAGAGCGAUACUGUCGGGAGAUUUAGGCGUUGACGGAGUGUUCGCCGAGCCUUACGACCCCAAGGUUAGAGGGAUUCAGGAAGAAGAUCUCGAAGAUUACGAGUGGAAGCGGCCGAACGCGCUGCGUGACCGGUCCCAAUCUCAUUCCCAUUCCGCCUCUGUCCCACCGUCCGGACGGAGCUCCCCACAAAGAGAAGGAAGUUACGACCUCUCAACGAGCGUGUUCGAGGAUGCUUUCGAGAAUGUAGAAGAAUAUGACAGUCUCCUAGGCUACUCUGCGGAGUUCCUCGGCAACGUUCUAUGUCCGCCGGCGUCCAUGUGUCACCAGAAGUUCGAGCUUACCGUAGAUGAUCUCGCCUUCGUCGGUCACCCCGUCUGCGCGGACGCGGACGGGAUUUGGCGUGACAGGUCAGACAGACGAAGAACGGCAGUUCGUGGUCGCGACCCGACUCGCGGACGGCAGACGAGCGGCGGUGAGACAACCACCUCCGAGCAUUCUGACACUGCGUCCAGCUCCGAAAAGCACGGGAGGCUGCGAGACCCACGGCUGCACACAUUUCACUUCGUGCUCGUGCUAGACCGCCCUGAUCCGUCUUCGUCCGCGUCCGGCAACCUCGCCAAGUACAUUGACGUGAUCUACAACCAACUGGCGUUCACGUUUACUGCGGUGCUUUAUCAAGAGCAAAUCCGAACGAACUUUGUUCAGGGCGAAUGCGAUGCAUUGGCCCAGAUGAAAGACCGGUACACGAAGAAUGGCCGACCAUUCUCCGAUUUUGUGGCUGAGGCACUAGCGACGUCGUCAAUUGCUACGGCCAUGAAAGCGCUGUACACUUCUGUCAAGGAGUCGUCUAUAGCAUACAUCGCUAUAAACCAGCUCCCGUUCGAAUUCCAGCUGCCUCCAUACCUGGACGAGAUUUUGCGCAACGAUGAACAUAGCCCUGAUAUAUUGGAUUGGAUAGAGGACGAGGAAGUCGAGGACAACUGGAACAAGGACAUGACCUUUGGCUGGAGGCUCCCAGCUCUUACUCCGUGGAAAAGUUUGCUCCUCCUCGACAAUCCGGAUAGGCCCGACGUGGACCCUUAUGCCAACCUUCGCGAGCCACAGUUGAAUGCAGAAGACAGGCAGCUUGCGGAAGGUCUCCUCAAAUUCCUGGAGACCGCGUCCAUUUACGUGUCGUUGGCGGAGAUGGCGGAUUACCUCGGUUGGGAGCUGGAGUCUCAGCUCUAUCCUACCGUGCGCUGGUUGGUCAUGCACCGCAGGGCCAAGGUGGUGGAUAUGGUCCACCCGCAAUUACGGACCGUUUUCACCUUGGCUCCGAACCGGGCUCCGAUAGCGGAGCUAGCGUCUGAGUUCAAACGGACUUUCGGCGACCAAGUCCUGUCGUUGCCGGUCAUAUUGUCGACAAUCUCUGCGUCUACAUACAAACAGUCCGACAACCAUUUCUUCGCCACUGUCGUCCGUGAUAAGCAUCUCAUCCCGCUGUAUCAACGGGUCGUCGAAUGGAUGCUGAAGAAGGAUCUGCUCGUCGGUCUACACCUCAGGAUCCGCAUCGUCGCCACGACAGACUUGAAGAUCCGAGUGCGGGACAAGAUUUACGAGGCGCGUAGGCGGCGCAACGCGCGGCUGAAGCAGUACGGGAUCAGCCGGCGCCGAAGGUCGUCGCAGUACGACGCUCGACGACAGGAUUUGGAAGUGAUCAUUGAGCCGUCCUCGGAGGACAUGUACAUCUCCAUGUCGCCGCACGCCGCCCGCGAGCGCAUGCGUCGGGUAUCGUCCGUCGGCUCAGCGAAGAGGAUCCGGCCCAUUGUGCCAUUGGACACCAGUGCACUCGACGACGAAGAUGAGGACCAAGUCGACUCGGAGGGCGACGAUGACGAUCAGGAAGACGAGUUCAACAUAGACGACAUUGAACCGUCCGUGAUCAGCGAUCCCAGGAAAGCGACGUCCCUACAGCGCAGGUGGCUUUCUGCCAUGUCCGAUGGCAAGAAUCAUAUCAUCGCUCGUCGUUUCGAGGACAUAUAUGGGUACUUCGAUGGCAAGCGAACGGACGACGAGAUAUUGUUUCGGGCUGACAUAUCAAGAAAGCAGCUCCGCGAGGUCCUGCACCACUAUGACGAAUAUCUACAAACGUUCCUACACCCGUCGUAGGUGCGGCUCGCCCGUAAACCAGUCAUCAAUGGCCCUUCACUCGACCGUAGAGAUCAGGAAUGCAUCCAUCCCAACAUCAGUUCGGCCUUGUUACAGUCGAAGAAACUCGUAUUCUUCGCAAACGCAUUGCCCUCCUUUACGGGAACCACCGGCCAGUGCCGUUCCCUCAGCGCGUUGGAAUCUUCGUCCGAGGCAGUUGUGGGCGCGACUAUGAAGAAGACCUCAUGUCUGGCCCAUCCUUCCUCCUUAGUGACCGCGAGCAAGAAUGCUUGUGCUGCGCUGUCAAGCUGAACCCAACCCCAGAGGUCGUUGACCGAUUGGUCUUCAUCGCGCCAGCUCGCAUCGCUCCGUUGUGGAACGGCCCAACUGAGCCUCAGGCUGGCGAUGCGCAGGUUCGGAUAGCGACGAACUAUGGCAUCGGCCUGCAUUUCCAGGAUCCUUGGCCGGCGGCGUCAUCGAUGCACAGGAGUAUCCCUCUUUUUAAUUCCACGACUCACUGCUUUGAUAAUCCAUACCCUUCCUGCGGAAUAUUAGCAUUCGAGACUACCUCAAACGCGAACUACUCACGUCUGGACGGCUCAGAUGAUUUUCGUCGAUCGGGAAAUAAUCGAAUCGCCUCGAGGCAUUAUAGACAAGUCCUAUGGCGUUCACCGAGGAGGCGAGCGCUAUGCGUUCAAUGCCUAGCUGUAUCAUCGAUGAUUGGUCGCUUGCAUCUAGAUGUCCCUCCCGCUCACUCACCUGCGCCGCUGCCCAGAGCACGUUCCACGAAAUGACGACAUUGCUGCA